GCUGCGGGUAAAAGCUAGUAACAAAUAAAUAAUAUUUAAAUCAAUUACUUAUACCUAUGUUUAUAGUUUCUACCAAAGUUAUGAGGUAACAACGUUCAUAGGUACCUACUACUUAUUUACAAAAUAUUAACUAGCUACUAAGAGGAUAAAAAUAGUUUAAUUCAUUAUUAGAAUCGAAAUAAGUAAGUACUUAGUACAUUUGUAAUUCGAAAAAUAAUCUAGUAAGGUUUGUUAAAACCAUCAUUAGAGAUUUCAGUCUCGUCAUCGUUACGUCUAUUUACAAUUAAUUUUCAAAUCAUUUGAACGACUUAGAACAAAUGGCGGACGCAGAGGACGAUGGUUCGUUAAAAGAUGGUGAAGAAACUGUGAAAAUAGAUUCGCAACCAGAUUUUCAGGAGAUCAAACCAGAUUCUGGAUCUGAUGAUCACCAAUACAACGAAGAAAGUGUUCAAGUUGACAGAACAGCUCUGGAGUCUAUAUUGAACGUCAGCUCUCGUUUACAAAGUUUGGUGCAACGAAACAAAAAGUCUAUGAGUUUAAUAAAUUUUGGCCAUCAAUCUUACAAAGACAAGCAAGCUAUAGCAAAAGAAGCGCGUAGCCAGAGAGUUGGUGCUAUUAGGCCACCGCAGAGAUUUAUACUUGAUAAUGCAGCAAUUGUAUUGAAUAAGCCACUUGAUUAUGUCCUGGAGGGUGUUUAUGACGCAGAAAUUAAUAUAGAACUGUUACAUUUGGCGGUCGACGAGGGCGGUCCAUAUUGUAUCGUUCUGUGUGAUGCGCUACUGCCUGCUAUGCCAAUGGAAUCUGGGAGAUUUGUUCCCAAUCAGAAAGGCUGCAUGGAAAGGACGUACAUAUCCGAUUUAUCGAAAAUUGGUGUUCAAGGCAAGUGCGUGGCAAUUUACAGGUUGAAAAGUUACGCUAUCGAUGCUCGGAACGUGGCAGAUCAAUACUUUUAUAUGUUACUCGAUAUAAAUCAAGAGACUGAGAAUGUUGUUUCAAGUAUAUUCAAGAUCAUGAAACGUGCUUACAUUCCUGCUCUACAGGCUUGCCAAGGUUGGGGACGUCUUAACCCUCCGAAUCCUAAAAGCCAGGAGAUCAUCAAGUCUUACAUUUCAAAGAUAAUGAUGUUCGUCGAUUAUCUUGAACAAACUAAAAUAGAUCUGGAUUGCUGUACAAGAUUCAAAGUUUUAGUGCAAAGCCAACAAUUACGUCGUGAGUCGUCAAACAUUGGCCCCCUGGCUGAGCUGGAUCACUGGCGACGGCAGCUCACAACUUUCACAUCAAUAAUUGAGCACAUCAAGAGUGAGCCAGCCAUGAUGUACAUACACACGCUAAUAACAGCAAAAUCCAAACUGCUUAAGAAAUGGAGACAACUAGAUAAUAAAGUAACUGAUUACUACAAUGAAGCUUUUGACAAUGUAAGGUAUUUGUACGCGUUAGAGAAAUUUUGCGAACCUCUGUACAGGUGUGAUCCUUACACAAUGCAAGAUUUCAUUCCAUCAUUGAUAUACAAUAUUCGCAUGAUGUACGCGACCUCCCGAUAUUACAACACAACAGAACAGAUAUCUACAUUGCUCGUCAAAGUCACCAAUCAAAUACUUAACAUGUGUAUGAAUUUUCUAACAAAAAACGGCAAAAAGACUAUUUGGAAUCAAGAUAAACAUGUUUUCAUGGAUAAAGCUAAAUAUUGUUUGAGUCUUUAUCAAUUUUACCGUGAUUGUUACGAUGAGAAUGAGAAAGAAAUGUUGGAAGCAGCCUCUGAGAGGCCAUUUGAUUGUUCUGAAAUGCACAUAUUUGGCAAGUUCGAGACUUUCAAAAAAAGACUAGUCAAGAUCAUAGACCUCUUUGAAAAAUAUAUCAAGUAUUAUGUUCUGAAUAAAUCAACAUUGGAGGGCAUUGAGGAACAUGCUGCUGCAUUCAAUAAACUGUUUAAAACUAUCUCGACAAAAACUUAUGAUGCUUUGGAUCACAGGCGACCAGAUUUCGAUAAAGACUACAAAAUUUAUAUGGAGGCAGCAGCCAACCAGGAGAUGCUACUAGAAAACUUUAUGAUUUCGAGUGUUCAGAAGUGCCCAACAACCGAGACAGCAUUAAAUAUUCUCAAGCGAUUUGAGAAGUUACAGUUAGACUGUCUUUAUUUAGACGAUCAAUAUUUCGACCUCAUUAAGAUGUACACGAAUGAGAUUGAGACUAUAAGAGACGGGUACAACGAAGCAAGAGACCAGCCAGAGCUACCGAGGAAUAUGCCUCCAGUGGCGGGGCGACUAAUGUGGACAAGAUUUUAUCACAAAACUAUUAAAUUGCCGAUGAAGAUAUUGAAGGAACAUCAUGAUGUUAUCACACAUGCGAAUACGCAACGAUGUAUAAAGUUGCACAACGUAAUGACCAUAGUGUUCACAGAAUAUGAAUUGAUUUAUCAUUAUGCUUGGAGGGAGAACGUGAGACAGGUGCGACUUGGAUUGAUUGCUCCUAUUUUGAUGCGGCAUCCUAAAACGAAUUUGUACAUCGUGAACUUUAGUAUGUUCAUUCCGGAGUGUAUAAGAGAGGUUGAAUACAUGUGGCAGUUGGGACUUCGUGUCCCCGAUGGUGCGCAGAUAAUCGCAAUUUGCAAAAGUAAGAUCCUAGGAAACUUUGAAAAAAUGACACAUCUGGUAGAAAGAAGCAAUCAAAUUAGAAGGAGUAUGCCAAAAUUAUAUUUGCCGCUACUACGAGCGCAAUUGAUAAAGUUAGAGAAAGCAUUUCAACCUGGUUUGUCGACGAUAACGUGGACAUCUCUGAAAAUAGAAGCAUAUUGUGAGAGCAUUGAAGCAGUUCUAGACGAAGUUGAUUUGUUUGUCAAGGAGGUUACUUAUUGUUAUGUAUUGUUAGAAUGUAUAGUAACACAAAAUGUACCUAAUUUGUACUUUAACAUAUGGCUUGAUAUUGAGUGUAAAAAAAUAACGUUGGUUAAGGUUUUAAUGGUACAAUUACAGGUGGUAGAUAUAAAAGAAGCUCGUAUUGAUGCUAUUCUGCUAUCAAUAACACAAACAAUGCUUGUUUAUUUACCUGAAAGUGCCGUCGAUCCUAACACUCUUUAUUUAGAGAACCUUUUAAGACGCGAUGAAAUUACAACAGACAUUCAACUAAAAUCAUGGAAUGCUGAAAUUGCUGUCAUCGAACUUAUACACAAGUUUUUGGACAGCGUUCCUUGUAAGGAAAUACAGAACCUAAAAGAUAAUUGGUUGGAUUUCGAUAAAGUCUUGAAGCAAGUUACAUCGGCAACUAGAGUGUUUCCUGAUGAUGCAGCAUUCAUAGAAAUAGAUAACAUUGACGAAUAUGACGUGACACACACUAUAAACGAAUGUAACGAAUUGUUCGCUUACUUUGCUACUAAGUGUUUGGAUGCACUUAUUAAAUGCACAAGACACAGUCUGGAUAUGCUCAGACGGCGAGCUUCAGUUUCUAGCUUUCUAACAAUGACAACGGAUCCAGUUGAAAUUAAAAAACUUAGACCCCUGAUGUUGACACACAUGCAGUUGAAAAUUCCAAGAAUACUAAUCGAACCUACUUUAGAGCAAAUACAAACCUCUUUUUCUCAGGUAGUAUUAAAUUGUAUAAUGGAUAUUCACCGGAAUGUGUUUAUGUGGGGACAACAAGAACAAAUAAAGAAGGAAGAAUUGGCUGGGACAUUGGUGCAAAUGAGCAAUUCUCGGUCUAUUUCCAAUCUCGGUGGUGUGAGAAACUACUUCCGAAUGGUUUCCGAGCACAAAGACAUCGUCAGGUCGGUGAUGGCGUUGCAAGGGAUGAUGUACAUGUAUAAAUUGGAUAUAGAAAAACGGCUAAAGGAAUACGAAAAAUUUUCUUAUUUAUGGGCUGAAGACCGGGUACAGCAACUUCAAGCAUUUGUUAACUUGGAGCCUCUGAAUGUACAAAUCAAGGAUAUGUUUUGUAAGUUUGAUGCACAGACUGAAGAAGUAGUAAAUUUGCCUGAACGGCAUGUUAUUGGAUCAAUACAAAUUAAUAUGGAACGUAUAAAACUGGCAUUACAUUUGGAAUCUGUUGAGUGGAAGAGAAUUUUGGGUAAAUUAUUAGGUAACGCAUAUAAAGACCGAGUUGAGAAGCUGAUGCAAUUUAUACGCGACCGUAUGAAAACUAUGAACAAGAAGAUUAAGGAUUUAGAUGACGUCAGAGUGGCUAUGAUGUGCCUGAAGCUCAUUAGAGAAGAAUUUAUUAAUAUGGAUAUGGCAUUAGACGUCAUAGAAGAAAGUUACGCUAUAUUUGCGCAGUACCAGAUCCAGAUUCCUAAAGAAGACGCUGACAUGGUGUACGGCUUAAGACAUUCUUUUCUCAAUAUGUUAGCAACAGCACAACAAGUGCAACAGAAGAUAGUGGACAUGCAAAAGCCACUCUUGACUGAGUUGACUGAGGGAGUAGCGAGUUUUGCAAACGAUGUACUCAAGUUUGACACUGACUAUGAUGCCAUGGGACCCAUGGUACCUGGCCUGCCUGCUCGAGAAGCCAGUGACAGGGUUAUCCUGUUUCAAUCACGAUUUGAUGACUUAUGGAGAAGAUUUGAAAUGUACUCCAGCGGCGAAAAAUUAUUUGGUAUGGAAGUGAAAGACUAUCCGAUAUUACAUGAAAAGAAAAAAGAAUUUAAUUUACUGAACAAGUUGUAUAGUUUAUAUUUAGCUGUAACUCAUUCUAUUGAUGGUUAUUAUGAAACUCCAUGGGUGGACAUCGACAUUGAACAAAUUGUUGCUCAGUUGGCUGAAUUUGAUGUCAGAUGUCGAAGAUUACCAAGAGGUAUGAAAGACUGGCCAGCGUAUAUAGUAUUGAAGAAUAAAAUUGACGAUUUUAACCAAACAUGUCCACUAUUGGAGCUGAUGGCUGACAGAUCCAUGAAGGAACGACAUUGGAAGAGACUGGAAGAACUGCUUCACUGUGUGCUGGAUGUGGAGUCUCCAUCAUUUACCCUGGCAAACGUAAUGGAGGCACCGCUUCUGCAGUAUAAGGAGGAUGUUGAAGAUAUUUGCAUAAGUGCCGUAAAAGAAAAGGAUAUCGACGCUAAACUGAAACAGAUAAGUGCAGACUGGGCAGUUAUUGAUCUAUCGUUUGCUAACUUUAAGAACAGAGGCGAACUUUUGAUUAAACCUCAAGAGACGUUUGAUAAUAUUACAUUGCUUGAGGAUUCGUUAAUGAUUCUCAAUUCAUUAGCUUCUAAUAGAUACAAUCCACCAUUCAAGAAAGAUAUUUUGCUAUGGAUCAACAAACUCGUAAACACUAGUGAGAUCUUAGAGAAGUGGCUUCAAGUUCAAAACUUGUGGAUGUAUUUAGAAGCUGUAUUCGUUGGAGGAGAUAUUGCGAAACAACUGCCAGCGGAAGCUAAACGAUUUACAAAUAUCGACAAGACCUAUGUGAAAAUAAUGUAUCGCGCGCGAGACAUAGUGAACUGUGUGGAGACAUGCACCUCCGACGACACGCUGAAGCAGCUGCUGCCGCACCUGUACGAGCAGCUGGAGGCUUGCCAGAAGUCGCUCACGGGCUACCUAGAGACCAAGCGUCUUAUCUUCCCCAGGUUUUUCUUCGUAUCAGAUCCAGUGCUACUUGAAAUUCUUGGACAGGCUUCGGAUCCCGUUUCCAUACAGCCGCAUCUACCAAGUAUUUUCGAUGCCAUAUACACAGUCGACUUCGAUGAUAAAGAGAAUAUUAUAAAUAUCAACUCGGAUAACGGAGAAACUAUUCCUCUUGAGAAACCUGUGGCUUGUUUGGGAGGUGUAGAGAAUUGGUUAAAUACGCUUUUAGACAUGAUGAAAGAAACUGUCAGAAAUGUAAUUGCUAACAUUGCGCAAACGAUGGCUGGAGACCCGGAAUUCGAAUUUUUAGUCGGAUUUUGGAACUUCCCUGGACAGGCUGGGUUGUUGGGAAUGCAAAUCCUUUGGACUAGUGACGCUGAGUACGCCUUAAAGAAAUCUAGGGUAGAUCGAUUUGUUAUGCGUUUCACCAACCAGAAGUUCUUAGAUCUUCUUAAUGGACUUAUUGAUCAGACAGUAAAGGAACUAGUUCCUUUAGACAGAACACAAAUUGAAACUAUGAUCACCAUCCAUGUACAUCAGAGAGAUAUUUUUGAUGACCUUGUACGAAUGAGAAUAAAAUCGCCAAUCGACUUUGAAUGGCAGAAGCAGGCACGGUUUUACUAUCACGAGGACUCGGAUGAUGUCAUUGUAUCAAUUACUGAUGUGAAUUUCUUAUAUCAGAAUGAGUACCUGGGCAUAACUGAGAGACUUGUGAUAACACCGCUGACAGAUCGGUGUUACAUUACGCUAUCACAGGCCAUAGGUAUGAGCAUGGGAGGUGCACCCGCCGGGCCCGCUGGCACUGGUAAGACCGAAACCACUAAAGACAUGGGUCGUACGCUUGGCAAGCUAGUCAUUGUCUUCAACUGCUCCGACCAGAUGGACUUCCGAGGUUUGGGUCGCAUUUACAAAGGCCUGGCUCAGUCAGGCACAUGGGGCUGCUUCGACGAGUUCAAUCGAAUCGAAUUACCUGUACUGUCCGUGGCUGCGCAGCAGAUAUACAUUUGUCUCACAGCCAGGAGAGAGAAGCGAGACUUCUUCAUUUUCAGUGAUGGGGACACAGUGAGUUUAAAUCCCGAAUUCGCUUUCAUCAUUACCAUGAACCCGGGCUACGCUGGACGUCAAGAGCUACCGGAAAACUUGAAGAUUCAGUUUCGCUCAGUUGCAAUGAUGGUUCCAGACAGGCAAAUUAUUAUCAGAGUCAAGUUAGCCAGUUGUGGUUUUAAGGAUAACAUUGUCUUAGCUCGUAAGUUCUUUACAUUGUACAAAUUGUGCGAGGAGCAGUUGUCGAAGCAGGUGCACUACGACUUCGGGUUGCGGAACAUUCUGUCCGUGUUGCGAACUAUGGGCGCGCAGAAACGAGCGAAUCCAGAUAGCACUGAGGAGAACAUUAUGAUGAGAGUGUUGAAGGAAAUGAACGUGUCUAAAUUAGUAGACGAGGAUGAACCUUUAUUUAUUUCAUUGAUCGAAGAUUUGUUCCCUGGUAUGAAAUUUACCCAAACAGUACAAAGGGUUAUUCAAAACGCUAUAAGUGUGGUAACUCAAGGCAAUGGGCUUGUAAAUCAUCCGGAUUGGAACUUGAAAAUUAUUCAGUUAUACGAAACAUCGCUAGUGAGACAUGGAUUGAUGACGAUGGGCCCGACCGGUUCGGGCAAGACUACUUGCAUACAUACACUUAUGGCGGCUCUCACUGAAAUUGGCAAACCGCAUAGAGAAAUGAGAAUGAAUCCAAAGGCAAUCACCGCACCUCAAAUGUUUGGACGUUUAGACGUGGCCACGAAUGAUUGGACUGAUGGUAUAUUCUCUAUACUGUGGCGAAGAGCUCUGAAGGUGAAGAAAACCGACACAACGUGGAUUGUUUUAGAUGGUCCGGUGGACGCUGUGUGGAUUGAGAAUUUGAAUUCCGUGCUCGAUGACAAUAAGACGUUGACUUUAGCCAACGGAGACCGCAUUACUAUGGCACAGAAUAGUAAGCUGGUGUUUGAACCAGAUAACGUGGACAACGCAUCGCCUGCUACUGUCAGUCGGAUGGGCAUGGUGUUCUUGUCGUCUUCAGUUCUUAAAUGGAAACCUAUAGUGGAGCGUUGGCUGAAGACACUCGAACCACGACAAAGUGAGGUUCUGCGUAAAGCUUUUAAUAAAAUUUAUGGAGAAGUUCAUGAUUUUGUACAAACUAAACUUACUGUUAAAAUGAAACUUCUGGAAGCUAUUUAUAUAAGACAAUGCAUUGACGUACUGUCAGGAUUACUGCUCAUCGAACUACCCGGUGGCAAGGCUCCCACGGAUCGUCAUCUUGAACGCUUGUUCAUAUUCGCGAUGAUGUGGUCACUGGGUGCUGUUCUGGAAUUAGACAUGCGAACCCGUAUGGCAGAAUUCAUGACUAAGUUACCUGUGAAAAUGGACUGGCCAGGCGGAAAAUCCAAAGAAUGGAUCAUGCCUUUUGACUAUAUGGUUAAUGCUAGUGGUGGUUGGGAGCACUGGUCUGAGAGUGUAGAGAACUAUAUAUACCCACCGGAUAGUAUACCGGAGUACGCUUCAAUCUUGGUACCGAACGUGGAUAAUGUGUGCAUUACGUUUUUGAUUGAUACCAUUGCCAGUCAGAACAAAGCAGUGCUUUUGAUUGGUGAAGAAGGCACUGCCAAAACGGUCAUGUUAAAGGGUUACAUGUCUAAAUACGAUAACGAGGUGAAGUUAUUUAAGGUGGUAAACUUCUCGUACGCAACGACACCUAAUAUGUAUCAAAGAAUAAUUGAAUCGUACGUGGAGAAGAGAGUGGGUAUGACAUACGGGCCCCCGGGUGGCCGAGCUAUGACAGUGUUCAUAGACGAUAUAAAUAUGCCUGUAGUUAAUGAGUGGGGUGAUCAGGUAACUAAUGAAAUCGUUCGACAAAUGAUGGAAUGUGGGGGUUUCUACUCGCUAGACAAACCUGGAGAUUUCACAGUCAUUGCUGAUAUCCAGAUAUUUGGUGCUAUGAUGCAACCUGGUGGGGGUCGAAAUGACAUUCCCCCACGACUUAAGAGACAGUUUAACAUAUUUAACUGCACCCUACCAAGCAAUGUUUCUAUGGACAAGAUUUUCGAAACAAUUAGCUCUGGAUAUUUUUGCAAAUCCCGUUUUGAUAAAAUAAUUGUGGCGUUUAUGCCGAAACUAGUGCCGGUUACUCGGAUUAUUUGGCAACAAACUAAAGUGAAAAUGUUACCAACUCCUGCAAAAUUCCACUAUGUAUUCAAUUUGAGAGAUUUGUCUCGGAUCUGGGAAGGAAUACUAACCAUAAAGAGAGAAGAGCUUCAAUCAGUUAAUAUGGCUCUAAAACUAUGGUUCCAUGAGUGUUUGAGGGUAAUUUCUGACAGAUUCACUACGGUUAAGGAUAAACAUUGGUUUGUAACGAAUUUUUGGGCAACAGCAACUCAAGAGCUGAGCGACUAUGUCAGUGAGUUCCCUAGUGAAGAAACGUAUUUUGUUAACUUCCUACGUGAACCUAUAGACCCAACCGGCGAGGAGGAUGAAGACUUCAGUCUAGACGCACCUAAAAUUUAUGAGGAACUACCUUCGUGGGAGUUCGUGCUGAAUAAGCUCGUAGGUUUCCAAGACCUGUUCAACGAACAGAUCAGAGGAGCGCACCUGGACUUGGUGUUCUUCCACGAUGCGAUGGUUCAUCUCUUUAUCAUAUCACGCAUCAUUAAUACUCCACGAGGCAACGCAAUGCUUGUCGGCGUUGGCGGUUCCGGAAAACAAAGUUUGACUAAACUGGCAUCGUUUAUAGCUAACUACACGUUCUAUCAGAUUACAUUGUCAAGAUCUUACAAUGUGAACAACUUUAUGGACGAUAUAAAAGUGUUGUACCGCGUAGCCGGUCUGCAGGGACGCGGCAUCUCCUUCAUAUUUACUGACAACGACAUCAAAGAUGAGCAGUUCUUAGAGUUCCUCAAUAAUAUCCUGAGCUCAGGAGAAAUUGCGAAUCUUUUCCCUAAGGACGAAAUGGAUGAGAUCUUGAACGAGUUGCAACCGAUAAUGAAGAAGUUGGCUCCUCGAAGGGUCCCGGUUCCAGAUGUGUUGUAUGAGUACUUUAUCAUGCGGUCAAGAGCGAAUUUACAUGUCGUUUUAUGUUUUUCACCGGUUGGUGAAAAGUUCAGAAGUAGAGCUUUGAAAUUUCCUGGCCUGAAAUCAGGGUCUACGAUGGACUGGUUUCAGAAAUGGCCCAAAGAAGCUCUAAUAGAAGUAGCUCACCACUUUCUGUGGGAGUUCGAGGUGGUUUGUUCGACGGGAACAAAACAUGAGUUAAUAGAAAUGAUGGGCAUCGUGCAGGACAAUGUUGCAGACACUUGCGUUAUUUAUCACGAACGAUUUAGGAGACAAGCACACGUUACUCCUAAAUCUUAUCUAUCCUUUUUGGAAGGCUACAAAUCUUUGUACAAAUCUAAACACACAUACAUCGCAGAAAUGGCGCAAAAAAUGACAACUGGACUUUCGAAAUUAGUGGAGGCAGCAGCCAGUGUUGAUAUUUUAAAGAAAGAGUUGGAAGUAAAAGAAAUUGAAAUUAAUGAAGCUACAGAGAGAGCAGAAGAGGUGCUGGCGGCCGUGGCAGACACUCAGGCGGCUGCCGAGGUUGUAAAGGCCGAGGUGCUGGAGGUGAAGGAUCGCGCCGUCAAGCUUGUCAGCGUCAUCGCAGCUGAGACCGCCAUCGCUGAGGAAAAGCUAGCCGAUGCAAAGCCUGCGCUUGACGCUGCUGAAGCCGCCCUACUCACCAUCAAUUCUGCUGACAUCGCAACUGUUAGGAAGUUGGGCAAGCCACCUCAUCUCAUCACGCUCAUUAUGGAUGCUGUAAUUCUUUUGUUUAGAAAGCGUAUUGAUUCUAUUAAACCAGAUCCUGAGAAACAGUUUUUGACACCUUCGUGGAGUGAAUCUUUAAAGGUAAUGGCUGAUGUAAGGUUCCUAAACAACUUGAAGAAUUAUCCGAAAGAUGAAAUAAAUGCUGAAAUGAUUGAUCUGUUACAACCUUAUUUUAAAUACAGCCAAUAUACUUUUGAUGCUGCAAAGAUAGCUUGUGGUAACGUAGCUGGUCUAAUUUCGUGGACAAUCGCUAUGGCGCAAUUUUAUGGUGUAAAUAAGGACGUACUGCCACUAAAAGCCAAUUUAGCAAUAAUGCAAGGCAAAUAUCAGGCGGCUAAAAAAGAACUGGAAGCAGCAGAGGCAGAAUUAGAGGAAAAGGAGUGUGAGUUGGCGCAUGUACAGCGUCAGUUCGACGAGGCGAUGGCACUGAAGCAGGCCGUGCUGGAUGACGCCGCUCUAUGCCAACAGAAAAUGGAUGCCGCUUCUGCCCUUAUUAACGGUCUUAGCGGAGAGCGCAUCCGCUGGACAGAACAAUCUGCUCUCUUUAGGUCUGAAAUUGAGCGCUUAGUCGGUGAUAUUCUACUACUCACUGGAUUCUUAUCAUAUUCCGGACCCUUCAAUCAAGAAUUUCGUAAUUUGCUGAUUAGCAAUUGGCUUGGAGAUUUGAUAAAUAGAAAAAUUCCUGUGACCUUGAAUUUAAAUAUAACAAAUGAACUUACGGAUAAUGCUACAAUUGGUGAGUGGAACUUAUGUGGAUUGCCUACCGACGAACUUUCGAUACAAAACGGUAUUAUUGUGACUAAAGCCGCUCGUUUUCCAUUACUAAUCGAUCCGCAAACACAAGGAAAGAACUGGAUUAAAAACAUGGAAAAAUAUAAUCAAUUAAUUGUCACUACUUUAAACCACAAAUAUUUCAGAAAUCACGCAGAAGACUGUGUGUCCUUGGGUCUACCAAUGUUGAUAGAAGAUGUUGCAGAAGAGUUGGAUCCAGUUCUGGACAAUAUACUUGAAAGAAAUUAUAUCAAGAUAGGGUCUUCUUAUAAGGUCAAAUUCGGCGACAAAGAAAUAGAUGUAAUGCUAAGCCAUAAGAUAUAUAUUACAACGAAACUACCAAAUCCUGCUUAUACGCCAGAAGUUUCAGCCCGGACGUCUAUUAUCGACUUUACUGUAACUAUACAAGGCCUAGAAGAUCAACUGUUAGGUCGUGUGAUCUUAACAGAAAAGGCGGAAUUAGAAGCGGAACGAACUCAACUGAUUAUGGAUGUGACGGCCAACCGACGCAAGAUGCAGGAACUGGAGAGUAACUUAUUGCAAAAGUUGACUACAAUCGAGGGCUCGCUAGUUGAAGAUGUAUCACUGAUUCAAGUACUGAACGUCACCAAAGCAACUGCUACAGAGGUAAAAGAAAAAUUGGACAUUGCCAAAGAGACAGAGAUGAAGAUAAAUGCCGCUCGCGAGGAGUACCGGCCCGUGGCCACACGUGGCUCCGUGCUGUACUUCCUCAUUUGCAAUAUGUCGCUCGUAUGCAACAUGUAUCAGACCUCGCUGGCGCAGUUUUUGGAGCUUUUUGACUUAUCCAUAGAGCGUUCGCCACAAAGCCCCAUUAUGUUACGGAGAAUCGGUUUUAUAAUUGACUAUUUGACAUUCGACGUAUUUAAAUUCAUCUCCCGAGGUUUCUACGAGAAGCAUAAAUAUUUAUUUACUGUGCUCUUGACAUUGAAGAUAGAUUUGCAGAAAGAAUAUAUUAUAUUUGACGAGUUUCAGACUUUCAUUAAAGGUGGCGCAGCGUUAGACCUUAAUACCUGUCCUCCUAAACCAUAUAAAUGGAUUACUGACAUGUCAUGGCUGAAUUUAGUUCAACUUUCUAAUUUGCGUCAGUUUACAGAAAUACUCGCUCAAGUUAGUAAUAACGAGAGAGGAUGGAAGGCUUGGUUUGACAAAGAAGCGCCAGAAGACGAGCCUUUACCUGACGGUUACAACACUCUGGACGUGUUCAGAAAGCUGCUGGUAGUGCGCGCGUGGUGUCCUGACAGGACUCUAGCACAAAGUUUGAAGUAUGUUGUGAGUUCUAUGGGAGCUCGGUAUUCUGAAGCAGUCAUAGUCAAUUAUGAGAAUAUGGUAUUAGAAUCUCGUCCACUUGUUCCUCUGAUUGGUUUUUUGGCAAUGGGCUCUGAUCCAACACCUUCUAUUGAGACAACAGCUAAGCGCAUGGAGACUAUUUGUGCAUCUAUAUCUAUGGGCCAAGGUCAAGAGAUUCAUGCAAGAAAACUAAUAGAUCGCGGACUAAAAGAGGGAUUGUGGGUAUUGCUGCAAAACUGUCACUUAGGGUUAGAUUAUAUGACAGAAAUCAUGGAACAAUUUGGUGAACUCGAGAAGAGCCCAGAAAAGGUUCAUGAAACUUUUAGACUUUGGAUUACCACGGAGGUACACCCAAGGUUUCCUAUUACCCUUCUGCAAAUGUCCAUUAAAUAUACAUGUGAGCCACCUUCUGGCAUAAAAGCGGGCCUAAUGAGGACUUAUGAUGCGAUGAGUCAGGACUUCUUAGACUACAGUGACAGUCCCUUCUAUUUACCGCUGAUCUACACCAUCUCAUUCUUACACACGGUGGUGCAAGAGAGACGGAAGUUUGGACCUCUUGGAUGGAAUAUUCCUUAUGAAUUUAAUUCUGCUGACUGGCUGUCUUCUUGUAUGUUUGUGCAGAACCAUUUAGAUUCACUAGAGCCGGGGCAUCCUGUUAGCUGGACUACUGUACGUUAUAUGGUAUCAGCAGUCCAAUACGGCGGGCGAGUGACUGAUGACUACGAUACACGACUAUUGGUAACCUUCUGUAAGGUGUUAUUCUCAGACCAACUUUUUAAUGAUGACUUUCAAUUCUACAAGGGAUAUGGCAUGCUUAAGUUUAAGAAUAUACCCGAGUACCUGGAGGCUAUUGAGACAAUGAAAACUGUGGAUCCUCCUCAAGCAUACGGCCUGCACACCAACGCAGAUAUCACUUACCAGCGUAACACUACUCUGGAACUUGUGGACACAAUAUUAUCCAUCCAACCGAAGGAAGCAAGUGGAGAAGCUGGAGAAACACGCGAAGCCUCGGUAUACAGACAGACUAAAGAAAUGCUGGACAAAGUCCCUCCUAACUUUGAUCCACAUGAAGUAAUGGACAGGUUAAGAUUUUAUGGGAUACUUAAUUCAAUGGUAAUAUUUUUGAGGCAAGAAAUUGACAGGAUGCAAAAAGUUAUUGAGCUAGUAAGAUUUACACUGAAGGACCUGUUGCUCGCUAUUGAUGGAACCAUAAUAAUGAAUGAGGCACUUCGAGAUUCAUUAGACAAUAUUUAUGACGCGAAAGUUCCAAAUAUUUGGUUGAAAAGUUCAUGGUCAUCGUCAACAUUAGGUUUCUGGUUUACUGAAUUUUUGGAGAGAACUAUACAAUUUUCAAAUUGGUGCUUUCAAAAUAGGCCAAAUUCUUUCUGGAUGACUGGUUUCUUCAACCCUCAAGGAUUUUUGACCGCCAUGCGUCAGGAAGUAACUCGAGCCCACAAGGGCUGGGCGCUCGACAUGGUCACCUUACACAACGAUGUUACUAAAUUUAGUUAUGAAGAAGUAAAGACUCCACCCCCGGAAGGAGUAUUUGUCCACGGUAUGUUUUUAGAUGGUGCAGGCUGGGACCGUCGUAACAUGCGUCUAUGUGAAUCUACUCUAAAAAUAGUGUACACUGCUUUACCAGUAGUACACGUAUACGCGAUCAAUUCCACAGCGCCAAAGGACCCCAAACUCUAUCAGUGUCCGGUGUAUAAGAAGCCAGUGCGUACUGAUUUGACUUUUAUAACCCCGCUUUGGCUGCCCACUGUUAAAAACCCAGACCACUGGAUCCUAAGAGGAGUUGCCAUGUUGUGUGAUAUCAAGUGAUUUGUAUUGGCAAUGUGCAAUAUAUUUACCUUUUCGUUAAUAAACUACGUGUACUUGUUUGUGUUUACAGUUUUGGGAAGUUUUUAAUAAACCUUU